AUCAUACAACGCAGCUCACUCAAGGAGCAUCCUCGCAUUAACGACAGCCAGUCUUUAAUUUGUCUUUUUCGUCUCGGGGCCUUGUCCGAUCGGUGCGUCGACAAACUUCACGCUCCACACGUCCUUCACACGAUGUCUACCAGCACGGGAAGCUGGCGCGUGCGUUCUAGAUCUGAAACGCAUCGUGCUUUACGUCGAAACACGGCUCCUUGGCACAUGCACUCGGUCUGGACAUGUUUUUGGAUUCAGCCUUAUAUCCAACGGGUGAGAUCAUGCGAUCGCACGGCAGCAAGGUCCGGCAGCGAACCUGUGAUCGCGAGCCUCGUCGUCAGCCGGUAGGUUUUGUCGGGAGACGCUGCUACGGCGGUGCCAAGGCAGAACCCCAGGCAGAAAGCGUUCGCACGAAUGAAAUUUGGCCUUUCUAAAGAAGAGAAGCGAGCAUGGUCGUUUGUAGAUCGCUCGCUCCUCGUGUCAAAGCGCACGAGUCGACCGCGGUCCUUUCUUGGGUUGGGUCCUCAACCCCCGUGCUGACACCCGCCAAAUCACAUGGUAAACACAGACCGAUUGUCCUCUGAAUCUCGGUUACGUGCACAAAGAUGGCAAAGCCUCUCAAGACAGAACCGACGCUCGCAGCGGGUCUGUCCUAUGGGGACUCUGCACUCUGCGCCAGCGACCGCGAUCUUCUCCAGGUACAAGUCAUGCUCUCUGCCUUGGUUCGCGAGCGUUCGUGCCGUCACACGCAGAGACACACACAAUGCGCUCGCGGGAUAUGACGCCGGUGGUAGAAGAGAGCGGCCAGGCCACUGAUCUGCUGCCGGGUAGAUGAAGCAAAGCUCGCUGGCUUAUAUCUGUUUGAAGCUGCCCAGCCUGUGCUGGCCGGGAACACAAUCCAGGACUCGCGUGCUCAUCAUCAUCAUCAUCUGUCCACCACGCUCUCGACCGCUGGCCGAACGUUGCUCCCUGAGAAACAGAAAAGGAAAAAAAAAAAAAAAAUAUUCGCGGUCAACAAAGUUUCGCUCCCAAGAGCUGAUCGAACAUCAAGUCGACCUGACCUUUCUGCGAACCGAUCAAACGUCGACCUAACUCGCUGCUGCGCGGAGCAGUAACGAAGAAAAGAAAAAAAAAAGAGUUAAGGGCGAACAACAGGCCAAGAAGGACAUUUUUUACACAAAGAUGCGUCUCUCGGCCGCGCUCGUCCUCUUCCUGCCGGCCUCCCUCGUUCUAGCCUCGCCAAACCCCCGUCCCGGCCCGGCAGCGCACGCCGAGCCCGCCGCGGCGCCGGCGCCGACACCGCCCGCCCAGCUGGCCGACGCCGAGGUCGCGCUGAUGCGGCGGCGCGCCGGCCACGCGGACAAGCGCCAGCUGACCGUGUCGCUGUUCGGCGCGACCGCCAUCCUCAGCAACGGCGUCCUCUGCGGCGGCAUCGGCAUCCUCACCGGCUGCCUCGGCACCCCGGGCACAAACUCCGUCGGCGGCACCGUCGCCGCCUCCGGCGCUACCGUCACAGGCAGCGGGUUCACCAUCGCCGCCUCCGCCCCCUCAACCUCCUCCGACUCGUCCACCUCCUCCUCCUCCUCGUCGAGCGGCGACGCAGUCCUCGUCACUGCCGCGCCUGCGCGCGCCGCGCUGGCCGCCGGCGUGGGCGCCAUAGCUCUCCGCCUGCUGUAGUCCCAGGCCACUUUCGCCAACUCCCGGCCCGUCUUCUCGUCCCAUCUCGACGACGCUGCCGGAAGUCCCCAAACCUGUUCCACCCCUUCCCCCCCCCUUUUUUUUUCUCCUUCUCCUUCUCCUUCUUUCUUACCCGAGCGAUUCUGGUUCUCCGCAGCAGCGAAGGCAGCAAGGACUGGGCCGCACGGAGUGGGUGGCAUCCUUCGUGGAAGCAGCGGAGUCGCUCUCAUCUGGUAGCGAGCGAGCAAGCAAACACACAAAUGGGGGCUUUUGUCUCUGGCCUUUAUCGUUUUGUUUCUUGUUUUUUCCUAAUACUGCAUUUUCUCCCUCAAGACGUUUUUGAUAUCACGCGCCUAGCCGGCCAAUGGGCCUCGAUUUUUUUUUUCUCUUUUUGAUAGCCCUAAAGCGUGACGAAACGAAACGAAAGAAGCGGAAUCUGAACGAUCUUUGCAAAAAGAAACUUGGAAGAAUACGCAGCAAGAGGCCAGACAGAAGCAGGAAUAAAUUCCAUUUUGAGCAUUUACC